GAAGAUGCAUCAACGUUCUUGUGCUCGUUUAUUCGCUCGAUCAGUUCGUUCGUGGUCGCAUCCUUCGACGGAAACAUGAUCAUAACGGGAGGAAGAUUUCAGUUGGUCAGUGUUCUCGUGACGCUGGCACUCUUCGUGAGAAUAAAAACAUCAACGGCUUCGAGUGAUCCGAAACUCGGUAUACCUACGAGCACCGAGAACGCGCGAGACGAUUCCGAGAUCAAAAAGGAAACAUCGAAUUUCGAGAAUCAGAAGCUCGUUCGAGUUCCAUUAAAGCUCUGGAACCCUCGUAACAGAGAACGUCGCUCUAUCGGCACAGCUGAUCGAACGGUGAACGAAAACGAACGAAGCAGGUAUCGAAGCGAAUUCGAUUUAAACGCGAUCGCGUUGAACGAAAAAUCAUCUCGAGAUGACAGUGUCUUUAGAAACGAUUUCGAAAAGAACAAUGCAAAGUUCCAACUGGCUCGGAUUCAAGCCGGUUACAACAACCGAAAGGAUAAAGAGCACUCGCGUAAUCAGGACCUCGAGAAAUACACGGAUACGUACUUAACGAAGAAGACUAUCGUACGACGUCGCGUGGAUUACAUCGUCAAGGAGAACUCGGACGAUAGUCAAAAUCAAAUAAACGAAAGAUACGCGAAGAGAAACCUCGCGAUACGCAACGACGAUUAUUACGCACAGAGACGAUCGGUUAUGGAGAGAUUUUACGCUCGACAACGUGAAAUAGCCAAUAAAUAUAGUAAUAAGACAUCCACAACGUCCGAACACAACGACAGAUUCGAUUUGGGCAUGAUAAUACGAACCAAUAAUGUAUCUUCGUUGGACAAAAUCGACAACAAGAUCGACGCAAGAGAAUACAUUAAUACCACAACUGAACCUGAAAUGCAUCCCAGGAGAGUAAGGACAGAGAAAGGUCAGCACCGCAAUCACUCGCAAGACCUCGGCAAUAAUGAGGAAGAAUAUGAAUAUUACGACGAGUAUGAAGACGAAAUAAGUAAUAGUAGAAAUAACGGAGAUACUCGUACGGAAAAUAUUAAUGCCGCUGCUAAUGACACCAAAAAUAAUAGUAACACUCCUAACGACAAUGAGAGUAAUAGCAACACUCUUAAUGGCAAUGAAAAUAAUAGUAACACUCCUAACGACAAUGAGAGUAACAGCAACACUCUUAAUGGCAAUGAAAAUAAUAGUAACACUCCUAACGACAAUGAGAGUAAUAGCAACACUCUUAAUGGCAAUGAAAAUAAUAGUAACACUCCUAACGACAAUGAGAGUAACAGCAACACUCUUAAUGACAGGAAUGCGACAAGAGUGGCCGAUAAGAAUAACAGUACUAACUGGAGUAACUGCAAAGCAAAAGGAGUAGGCAAAUUGCUGUACCAAUACAAUACUCUCCACAAAAACAAAGCAGAUAUCGGGGUAUCGAUAAUGGUCGACGGACCAUUUUGCAUCACCUGUGUUGAAGCGACACCAUCCGUUGGAACCAAAGGUAUCAUAUCGUCCGAGGUGAUCCGGGCAGAGAAUGGCGCCUUCCAAACUGUGAAAAUCACGAUCAGGGGACUUCAGGACGAAAGCCUGUCGCUUACCGUAAAAAUUUGGGCUGUUCCAAGGACCAGCGAAGGUUGCACAGGCAAUUAAAUAGCCUUGGUAAAUUUUGUAAUGAAAUUCAAUCGAUGGUCGUACGACAUUAUAAAAUGUUGUUCCAUUACAACGUGUAUCGGCGUACAAUAUUAACGUAUCGUCUUACAUACUUAUUGUUUCGUUUUAUAUACAAUUUAUAGUCUUUAUAA